AUGGAUGGUUAUGUAGAUGUCGAUAAUACCGUUAUACAACCCAGUCCACAACGUAUACGAAAUAUUCUAACAUUAGACGAACGGGUGGCAGCUAUCAAGGCCUACAACCAACGACCUAUGUACACCAAGGUGGCUCGUAUGUUCAAUUGCAGUUGGGAACAGAUCAAAAAUAUCGUAUCUAAUCGUGAUGCCAUUAUGGAAUUCUAUGAGGCCACCACAAAUCCAAAAGAAAUUCCCAUGGACGUUAAACAGAGAAAGGCAAAAUUUCUAAACGAAUGUGUCUACGAGUCCAUACAACGGAUACAGUAUCACAUGAAACUGCCCAUAAGCGAAGAGUUGAUACGUCUGAAGGCGUUAGAGUUUCAGGAUUUCAUAAAAUUAGAAGAUUUUCAACCGAACAAGAAAUGGUUUUUAGCCUUUAAAUCGGCAUACAAUAUUUCCUUGGCCAAUAAACACAUCCAGCUGAAUCGUAUACCACCCGCCUCAAUGGACCUGAGAGAUGUCAUGGCAUAUUGCACGAAAAAUAUGCAAAGCACCACCACAAAUGUGGUUCAUCUGAAAGAUCUAAAGCAAAAAUACAGCAGUUUAGAUGCAAAAACGGCAGAAUAUGAGAGUCGUCGGGUGAGGAAAUUGCAUUUUCUGCAAAAAGCUUUAAACGAAUAUUUACACCGGGCCAAAUUUCAUUACAAAUCUAUGAAACUGGACGACAAGGCCUUGCAAAUGGUGGCCCAAGAGUUUAAUGAUAUUUUAAAGGUACAAGAUUUCCAUCCCACACUAUCCUGGAUACGAGAUUUCAGACAACGUCAUGACAGUUCGCAGGACACGAGUCCAGUAAAUGGUAAACGACCGCUGCUGUCGUUAGAUUUAAAGGACAUACUUAGCUAUUGCAGCCGUAUGGAUAAUAAAACCAAAGCAUGUACUAUUACUCUGACACCGAAAGAACCACCAAAUGCCCAUACCUUGCAAAUGCGUCUGUUGCCGAAAUUUCCUAGUGAUUCAAAAAUCAAGUUACAACAAAGUUCCAUUAUCUAUUUGGAUGAGGAAGAGGAAGAAGAAAAAGACGUAAAACCCGAUAUCAAUGAAAUUAAAUUAGAACAGCAGGUUAGAGAGCCUGAUCCGUCACCUCCAUUAAAAAUUCGCAAAAUAGAAUCAAUUAACAAUGAUCCUGUUCUACAACAUGAAUUGCAACAAGAAAAACGAGUCGAUACAGAGAAAAUGCAAACGGAGGAAAGAGAAAAGGAAGCGUCAGUUGUAUUAAAUAAUGACCAAGUCACAAUAAAGUUAGAAAGACAAGAGGAGGAGGACGAAGAAGAAAAACGCAGAAGUAAUAUACCAAUGGCGACGAGUAUAUCUCCCCACAGAACGGUUAUAACGUCUACAGAAAGUGUAUUGCAACGUGCAGCUGCAUCUCCAAAUCAAUUUACAGUACCAGUUACAAAAGCACCAACACCAUCUCCGCCACCAACCAACAACAACAAUAAUAAUAACACCAACCAUGAUGAGGAUUCAGAAUUACCACGACAAAUAAAUAAUUUUAAAGAUGUUUUGCGUUUGCUCAAACCACUUGAAGAAUAUGCAAUGCUGAAAGAGAAUUACCGUGCAAUUGGUCUGAUAACACAAUUGGAAGAAGUUUUGAAAAAUUCCGAUGAUAAUCCAACAGAAGAAGAUUAUAAUACGUAAUAUAU